UUAAUUAUCAUUGCUUAUACUCGAGAUAAUGAAAGUGUAUCAAUCACUGUUUAUACUCGAGAUAAUGAAAGUGUAUCAAUCACUGUUUAUACUCGAGAUAAUGAAAGUGUAUCAAUCACUGCUUAUACUCGAGAUAAUGAAAGUGUAUCAAUCACUGCUUAUACUCGAGACAAUGAAAGUGUAUCAAUCACUGCUUAUACUCGAGAUAAGGAAAGUGUAUCAAUCACUGCUUAUACUCGAGACAAUGAAAGUGUAUCAAUCUCUGCUUAUACUCGAGACAAUGAAAGUGUAUCAAUCACUGCUUAUACUCGAGAUAAUGAAAGUGAAUCAAUCACUGCUUAUACUCGAUACAGUGAAAGUGUAUCAAUCACUGUUUAUGCUGGAGAUAAUGAAAGUGUAUCAAUCACUGCUUAUGCUCGAGAUAAUGAAAGUGUAUCAAUCACUGCUUAUACUCGAGACAAUGAAAGUGUAUCAAUCACUGUUUAUACUCGAGAUAAUGAAAGUGUAUCAAUCACUGCUUAUACGCGAGAUGUUAAAAGUGUAGCAAUCACUGUUUAUACUCGAGAUAAUGAAAGUGUAUCAAUCACUGCUUAUACUCGAGAUAAUGAAAGUGUAUCAAUCACUGCUUAUACUCGAGACAAUGAAAGUGUAUCAAUCACUGCUUAUACUCGAGACAAUGAAAGUGUAUCAAUCACUGCUUAUACUCGAGAUAAUGAAAGUGAAUCAAUCACUGCUUAUACUCGAUACAGUGAAAGUGUAUCAAUCACUGUUUAUACUGGAGAUAAUGAAAGUGUAUCAAUCACUGCUUAUACUCGAGACAAUGAAAGUGUAUCAAUCCCUGCUUAUGCUCGAGAUAAUGAAAGUGUAUCAAUCACUGCUUAUACUCGAGACAAUGAAAGUGUAUCAAUCACUGUUUAUACUCGAGAUAAUGAAAGUGUAUCAAUCACUGCUUAA